GAAAUAUAAAAACGAAGAUUCUGGUAGGCCUCCAAACACAACACAACAUCCUUCAGUUAGUUUAAUUGAAUUUAUUGGUUCGUGUAUCAUUAUUUCACGGGUCUUAGUGUCACGUGGUGCGUAUCUACUCCGCGCGAAUCGAGUCGAAUCGUCAAGUACCUCAGACUAAUCGUCUCAAGUUUGUUGUCACGUUUUAAGAACUAGUAAGAUUCCUGUAUCAUUAUUGUUCACAGGGCUUGACUUCCGGUGGUUCGGAUCGACUCGAAUCGCUAAGUACCUCAGACGAAUUGACUCAGUUUGGGUGUAUUCAGGGGGACAUGGAUCAAUUAUCAUGUUAGAAAUCCUGGUAUUGUUCAUAACACACGUCAUACUUCUCAGAGACCUUACACCUUUGCGUUUUUUUUUUUUCUCGCUUAAACGACUAAAUUCGACUUCCUCUGAACAUGAUUAACAAUAAAGUCCGUCUAUUUAUAGACUUUACUUGUUUAAAUCAAGCAGUCAAGUUAGGAUGUAGGCACGUUUAGUUCCGAUAUUUGCCGAUUUUAUUCAAACCAAGUAUAUAGAGGUCUGUGGAGAUCACCGAGUCAAUCAAAUCAAAGUUCAUGUAAGUUAGGGUCUGUUGUAAGAAGCUAAAUGACAUAACGCCAAAAUAUCCCACGAGACAGAUUGAGAUUCUUUCUCUUCCCGCUACAGCGAGUUCAUAAGACUUAGAGGAAAAAACGCAUUAAUUUUGGAAGGACACAACUCUGAUUUCUCGGUUUAGCCUAAAAUUUCACACUGAUGAACGCGUACUGAAUAUAGAAAACGCUCUUGAGAAGACGGAUUGAGAUUGAAAUUGCACAGUGUCCGGACUACGUUGGGACAGGCUUAGGAAGCUUGGCGAACCUGGAACCUUCCUUCUCCCCAAUAUCGAGGUCAGAAGACCUUCACCAACUCUUUAUCGUCUUUCGUUAUGGAUUUUAACAGCUGGAAUAUCUUGUGGGAGUUCUGUUUUGGAUUAUUAGCUGUACUGAUUGUCGUCGGUAAUUCUCUCACUAUCUGGAUAUUUCUCAAACAGAAAAUUCGCAGACGGGCUCAUUUUCUGUUGAUAAGUUUGGCUGUUGCUGAUCUGUUGGUUGGACUGCUAACUGUUCCUCUUUACAUGGUAGUCAACUUAGAUACAUCUGCACGGGAGCGUUUCCAUACCAGCGUCUAUGUUGACAUUUGCACCGGUCUCACUUCCAUCUUUACGCUUGCUGUUGUUUCCUUGGAGAGGAUGUACGCUGUCGGCUGGCCUCUUCGCCACAGAACUCUCCGCCUGCGUACUUACAAGUUUGCCAUUGUCACACCGUGGAUCUUGGCGGCAACCGUCACGUCAAUGCGGGUAUUGCGUGACAACCGCUUAAUAGGACUCACGGGCUUCCACGUCGUCAUUUCUGCGUCACCUGCCGUCCCUUCAUUAGUGAUUUGUUCCGCGUAUUGUGUUAUUUGGUGGAAGGGAAAGAAACGGAUGAACAGCCAUAAUCAGCAGAUACAAAGAGAAACAAAACUGGCAAAGACUUUGUUUUUGAUUAUGGGAGCUUCUUUGUUAACUUGGCUUCCAUUCCAAAUAAUAACUAUAUCGGGGUGUUCUCUGUUCAGUAGAAUUAAUCCAUUUGGGAUGAUGUAUAUUAUCAAGCUCUUACAAUUCAGCAAUUCGCUCGUAAAUGUAAUCAUUUAUCCUUUCAGAAUUUCAGAAUUUAAGGGUGCUCUGCUAAGAAUGCUUCGAGGCUUUGUAACUCCAUUUAACCGUAAGACCAGCAGGCGUAGGACUGAAGACGUGAAUCAUAAAACCGCCAUUUAACACCACCUAGUUAACAAUUAUUCCACAAGCGCGCGUUGGAUAUGAGAUGGUAGAUAGCCAACGAGGCGCGUAGCGCCGAGUUGACUUUAAUCAUUUCAUAUCUAGCAAGCGGAAGCUGAAUAAGCUAUGACGACGGCGACGCCAGGGACGACGUCCAGUAACAGUUUUAUUUUUUACCUUCGAAUUUCGCAGCUGUACAGAUUUGAUCAGUGCACCUAUCUGUCUUACUAUCUUAACUUACUGAAGCUAAAUGUGUAAUGUCAGCGUUCAAUUCCAAAUUAAAAUACGAAAAAUUAGCCGCUGCCGUUCGCGUUCUCCAAAAUA